AUGUCUUAGCCUUACGUCCCUUAGGAAUUCAAUAAAGAGGAUGAAGAAUUAAAAUGUCAUCCAUCUUAGAGUGGGUCGACUGCAACUCCAACACUAUUUGAGAAUACUAAUACAGCAAAAGCUUUUAGUACAGCGUUUUUUGAAGAUCAACUACAUUAAGAAGAUGAUCUAUUUGAUGAAAUAAACUAAUAAUUAAACUAGGUGUUGAUUAAUGACACCUAUAGACCUUCUCUUGUCUCAGCAUUUUAAGCUGACAUGUCAUCCUACCUAAGUCACGAGAAGUUGACCAAAAAUUCCAGAAAAAUGUAAUUGGAGUACUAAAAUGCCAAUUUAAAAGAAAAAGAAUAUGUAUUCAAUACAUAUGUAAGAGCUGAUAUAGAAAAUAUAAGUUUGGAUAAGUAUAGGCAUUUUUUGCUUGAGAAAAUACUAGAAGUUGGUCCUCCUUCUCAUAAAAAUGUAAUACUUGAUAGAAUAUUUUAAUCAAUAAAUAAGUUAAUAAAAGAUCUAUACGCUUGUAAAGUAAUGUAAAAGGGAUUAGAAAUGAUGAUCUCACAUCCUAAUGAUUCUCCUUAUUAAUUAGAGAAUUACUUAAAUUUCAUCCACUCUGAUACACCUUAAAUGAAAAAAAUUUAUGUGGACAAAAUUGCAAAUCAAAUUAUUCAAAAAAGUCUUGAAGUUUUGGAAGGGAAUCAUUUAUAUAAACUUCUUUAAGUGGUUUCAAAAUACGUAUUAUAAUAACACAAUUCAUAGGUUCUCAACAACAACAAUGAAAAAUUCGAAUUAUCAACAGAUUAAUAUGGAUGCUUAAUUGUGAAUAAGAUAAUUGAUAUAUAUCCUAAAUUAUUCGAUGCUUAAACAAAGACUUUAUGCAAUGAGAUAAUAACAAGAGCAAUUGAAAAUAGUUCUGGCCUGACUAGAAGAUAAUUUGCUAAUUAUAUUAUUUAAUCAAUAUUGGAGAAAGGGUAAGAGGUUCAUAAAAGAUUGUUGAUGGAUCAGUAUCUCAUUAAAGAUUUUAUACCAAUGUCUAUGGAUAAAUACGGUAGCAAUGUAGCAGAAAAAGCCAUAGUUUAUGGAGGUUCUUAAUGGAGAACAAGGUUAUGGGAAGAAGUAACAGUCUCAGAAAGUUCUUUUAAGAAAUUGGUCAAUGAUUAGUUUGCAAAUUAUCCGAUUCAAAGACUAUUUGAAUAUUUAGAUUAACCAUUAAGACAGGAGUAUUUGGCAUUACUAAAUAAAUUUUCAGAUAAUAACUAAUUAAAUAAUCAUGGAUAGAUUGUGUUAAAGUUUGCAUAAGCAAAUUAUAAUGUUAAAAGAUAUACUUAAAAGAUAUUAUAGACUGAAAAGAACAAGCAAAUCAAAAAUAGUUAGAAAAAUUAAAAUUAAAAAUCAUAAACUAAAAAUUAAAAUUUAACUAAUAAUCCUCAAAAUUAGUAAUAAAUUGACAAUGGAUUUAAAUAAAUGUAAUAAGAAUAGUUUUAAGUUAUGAUGAUGUAAUAGAUGAUUUGUUAUUGCAAAAACAGAUGCCAUAAUUAUAUUAUUAAGAUUAAAAUUAUCUUCAUUAUGGAGCAAUGA